UUUCGACACGUCAUGGGGAGUGGUUUGUCACAGGAAGUUAGGGGAAUUACAGCAAACUAUAAUAACCUCAUUCAAGAAUUUUUGUUGAUGAUUCAUUUUCAGACCUGUCUCCAAAGCACUUUACCGUACCCGGAAGUAGUCAGGCGCUUAUCUGACCUGUGACGUCGCGAUCGGGACUUUCCAUUAGGGCUGAAAUUGGGAAACGGUCCUGCUAUCAUUAAACGAAAGAGGAGGGUCCAUUACCCACACCCAAGAAGAAUAACUUUUUUUAAAUUUGGUUUUUAGUCUUCGAAUAUGGCAGAUUAGACCCCUACAAAAGAGAUGUCCGAGAAGGGGGGAGGGGUUUGAGAGAGCAUAUCCCUUGGUCUGUACGUGUGCGUGUGUGUGUGUGGGUCUGGAGACAUUUAUUUAAUUUAUAAUGUUGGUUAAAGUAAUCACAUACAACAUGAUUAAAUCAAAAGGGUCAUGCAUUCCUGUGCUAAAUAUACAAGACAACCAAGUGUAUACUGACCCAGGGUGAAAACAUGUUUUUUUCAAUUUCAGAAUGCAUUUAAGUUACGCUUUCUCAAACAGUAUAUCAUUUUUUAUGGCACAGGAGUGUGUUUUGCUGGACAUACAUCCACUGGGGCUUUAACUGAAAGAGAAAUAUGGACAUUUCUGCAGUUAAAUGUUCAGAGGAAGUACUCUCCAGGGAAGGUGAAAUGGAUCCAGGUGUAAUGUAUAGACUUAGCUGGACUGGUAGUGUUGUUUCUUCACUAAAUGUUAAACUUAACCAAGCGCACUUUCACUUUCUUUUUCACUGAAUUCACAUUCCUGUCUUUUGAAUUCAGUUAAACCCCCUCCCCUCAUGCUCUACUCAUGAUCUUCUACUUUCUGUUGCAGUAUGAGUGAGUGAGUGUGUCGCUGUAAGACCUUGGGUUCUCUCAAACCCCAUUCCCUUUCAAGGACAUCUCUUUUCCUUCUAUAUUUCUCAACCCUUAUACAAAAAAAUGGAAACUCUUAUUCAACUGAAAAACAGCCCUUUUUUGAUGGGAUUAUGUCGCAACGGGCCUCCACCUGACCUGCAAUACGAUAACUCCUCAGAGCUCUUCCGCAUUUCUACCUUUGCCCGAUUCCCAGCUUCAGGAGUUACAGAGCGGAGUUUGGCGAGGGCAGGCUGGUUCUACACUGGUGUGGGCGAUCGUGUGCAGUGUUUCAGGUGUAACGUGACGGCAGAGGGCUGGCAGGUUGGAGACUGUCCGACUGAGAAACACAGACAGCUCUCUCCUUCCUGCUCCUUCAUCCAGAGCCUUCCAUCUACAGCCAACCUGCUCUCCUCCUCGCACUCCGCCUUCUCCCCACUCCGCAUAGCUCCAGCAAUGCCACUUUCUGGUCCAGGCCCAGCUGCUCCUAACCUGGCAGUAAGCCAAGGUGAAGAGCCAGUGGGCUACCUGAACAUGGCCUUCUCUGCUCCACCACCCUCCAGCCCCCUCAGCUCUCGGGGUGUUGAGGACAUGUCCCACCAGAGACCGACGUGCCAUAACCCCAGCAUGCGCAGAGAGCAGGACCGCCUGGACUCCUUCCACCCCUGGACGCUCUCCAUCAUCACUCCCGCUGAGCUCGCCAAGGCGGGCUUCUACUACUUGGGCCAGGGCGACCGAGUGGCGUGCUUUAGCUGCGGAGGACAGGUGUGUGUCCUCACUGAGGCACCAACCCCGCUGCGUUGUGAAAGAUUGAGUAACUGGGAGCCAGGCGACAGAGCCGUAUCCGAGCACCAGAGGCAUUAUCCAAACUGUCGUUUUGUGCGAGGGGACAGAGCCGACAACGUGUCGCUGGCCGGGGCGCUGCCCGGAGGAGUCAAUUCUCAGCUGCCUUCAGGAGCCCCGGCCCUCAGUAAUGUGUCCAACCCCGCCAUGCAGCAGAGCGAUGAGAGGCUGCUCACGUUUGUUAACUGGCCGUCUCGUAUCCCGGUCAGGCCUGACCAGCUGGCUAAAGCUGGUUUCUACUAUGUAGGUCGUAAUGAUGACGUCAAGUGUUUCUGCUGUGAUGGAGGCCUGCGAUGCUGGGAGUCCGGAGACGAUCCCUGGGUAGAACAUGCUAAAUGGUUCCCUCGGUGUGAAUAUUUGCUCCAGGAGAAGGGACAAGAGUUUGUUCACCAGAUCCAGGCUCGAUUCCCUCGACUGUUUGAGCAGCUUUUAACAAAUGGAGACAGCAACUCCAGAGAGUUUGUGGAUCCACCUGUAGUUCACCUCGCCCCAGGAGAGGAGCGGUCCGAGGAUGCGGUAAUGAUGAACACCCCCGUGAUUAAGUCCGCUCUAGAGAUGGGCUUUGACCGUAGUCUGGUGAAGCAAACCGUCCAGAGCAAGAUCCUGAUGAGCGGGGAGAACUACCGGACCGUCCAGGAGCUGGUGCUAGACCUGCUCAGUGCCGAGGACCAGAAGAGGGAGGAGGAGCGAGAGAUGAUGGCGGAGGCAAUGGCAUCAGAUGGCUUCACUUUUGUGAAGAGACACCAAGCAGCGUUGAUCCAGCGGCUGAAGAGUGUGGAGCCAGUGCUGGAGCAUUUAAGGGAGCAAAAUGUGAUAUCUACCGAGGAGUACGGCGGUCUGAAGGCUCAGACGUCGGCUCAGCAGCAAACUGCCCGACUGAUAGAGCUCGUCCUCACCAAGGGAAACGCCGCAGCCGAGGUCUUCCGCAACUGGAUCCAGAAAAACGACGUCCACCUGCUCAGAGAUCUCAUGGCCCAAUCUAACGAAGCUGCAUCACCAAGCCAAGAUCUUUCAGACCUCCCCAUGGAGGAGCAGCUGCGGCGCCUGCAGGAGGAGCGAACCUGCAAGGUGUGUAUGGAUAAAGAGGUCAACAUCGUGUUCAUCCCGUGUGGACACCUGGUGGUGUGCAAAGAAUGUGCGCCAUCACUGAGAAAGUGUCCCAUCUGCAGAGGCCUGGUGAAAGGAACGGUCCGAACCUUCCUCUCAUAACCAGGGGGGGGGGGUGGGGCAGCGAGGCCGGUCGUUCAGUCUGACAAUGCGACUGAAUGUUAGCAAUAUAAUAGAACUGUUUGUACAAUUGAUAUAAUCCAAGACUACCGGCAGUUGUAAUAACCAUUAGAAAGCUCUGGGUGAUGUGUUUGAACUAUACUAUUGAUGGGAAUUCUAUUCAUUUUAUCUGUUAGAAAAGCUGACAUAACAAACUUGAAUUAUUAAUUGUUAAGGGACACAAGAUUGUAUUAAACUUAACUUCUUUGAGAUUGUAUAACCACAGCUGUGCAUUUAAUGUAAAAAGUUUUGAAUCUUCUUCGUAAUGGUCUGAACAAUCAUUAUCAGCGCUCACUGACUAAAGAGUUAUGGGGUUUACUUCUAAAACCCAAAUCACAACAUUUAUCACUUAUAAACUGAUUGAACUGACUUUUAUGAAUAACUGUAUAAGCCACAUCUAAAGUAGCAGCUUCUGUGAUGGAUAUAUACUAGCCUCUUUUCCCAGGGUCCUUAAUGACACCUUGUGGUGAUAGUCUGUGGACGAACAUUUAAUAAACCUGGUAACAUGAACUCCAUAUCUACCAAUAAGCAGGCAGUUAUACUUGGUACUGUAAAUGACAGCAUAUAUUGUUAUAAUGUAAUGUGGCAUGAAAAGUAAGAACUGAUCGUGCUCCAUUACCCAGAAAAAAGGCAGCAAUAAACUUCACAUUGGAAAUCGUGCUAUGGAAAUUCAAUAAAUAAAACUUAGUGUUAAAAAGGU